AUGUCGUCCAUCCACGCCGUCAAGCGCGCCCACGCGCACCUCGCCUGGGACAACAGCAUCCCGCCCGCCGUCCGCGUCCACUCCGGCGACACCGUCGCCUUCGACUGCCUCGACGCCUCCAACGGCCAGCUCGCCCCCGCCAGCACCCCCGCCUCCGUCGCCGCCCUCGACUUUGCCCGCCUCGACCAGGUCAACGGGCCCGUCUACGUCGAGGGCGCUGCCCCCGGCGACGUCCUCCAGGUCGACGUCCUCGCCAUCGCGCCCUCCGUCCCCUGGGGCUGGUCCGCCAACGUCCCCGGCUUCGGCCUCCUCGCCGCCGACUUUCCCCGCCCCGCCCUCAAGAUAUGGCAGCUCCACGACUACGCCCACGGCGCCGGCUACGCCGCGUUCGACGACCACAGCGGGAUCCGCAUCCCCCUCCGCCCCUUCGCCGGCGAGAUGGGCGUCGCCCGCGCCGCCCCCGGCCCCCACUCCACCAUCCCGCCCUACGCCACCGGCGGCAACAUCGACACCCGCCAUCUCACCGCCGGCUCCACGCUCUACCUCCCCGUCGAGGUCCCCGGCGCGCUCUUCUCGAUGGGGGACGGCCACGCCGCGCAAGGCGACGGAGGCACCGCCAUCGAGACGUCCAUCCGCGCCUCCGUCCGCCUCACCGUCCUCAAGCACCCCGCCCGCACCGCCGUCGUCAACACGCCCCACUUUUCCACUCCCGCCGCCCCUGCGCAGGCGUACUACUGCACCACCGGCGUCGAUCCCGACAUCCGCGAAGCCGCCCGCGCCGCAGUCCGCCACAUGAUCGCCCUCCUAGCAGUAGAGCACGGCCUCGAGCGCGAGGACGCGUACAUCCUCUGCAGUGUCGCCGGAGACCUGCGCAUGCACGAAGUCGUCGACAUGCCCAAUUACGUGAUCGGGAUGAUGAUGCCCAAGAGCAUCUUCACAAAGCCAGGGCAGACUGGUGUCCUUUCAGCAACACAUGUAUAG